AUGGCUGAUAAUAAUAGGUCAAGGAAACUUGCUCCUCAUUACAAGCAGGAAACAGUAUGGAAGCCUAAGCAGCCUGCCAAAAAGAGAGUGCUGAAGUAUUCCCGAGAGCAAGUCCUUCAAUCUUACCAUGAUUGCCCACCUCCUGAGAUUUUGAUUUCUGAAAUACUCCAAACAAUUUAUUCAAGCAAAUCUCUUCCCCCAUUACAAACCCCAAGCUCUGCUUUUCCAAAUGGGAUUGGUGAAGAUCUUAACAGCCGCAAGCCAGCUCCUCGAGAGCGAAAAUCUGAGCAACUUCCUGAGUGAUACAGUGAAGAAACAACCCUAGCUCUCGAAAUCAUUCCGCCCAAGCCAGCUGUAAUUGAAGAACCCAAACAAGAGUCCCCAACUCGGGUGGAAAACGCUGGAGAAGUCGUAAUUCUUGUAAACAAAGGCAAAGUGAAGAACCUGACUGAGAAGCUAGAAGAAUGCGAAUUUAAAGAAAAUGAAUUUGAAGAGUACAGCAAAGUUGAUGUAGAAGUCGAAGAAAAAUUGAAAAAUCUGCUUGAUGAGACUGAAGAGGUGCCUGAUUGGGAUGAUCCGGAUCCUAUUGAUUUGGUAAUGAAAGAAGAAGCGCCAGUAGCAGUGGAGGUCGAAGAAGAGUCCGUUCCAGAACAGCCAAAACAAGAACUACAAGCUGAGGAGGCCCCAAAAGUGCCUAUAGCGCCUGUUGUCCCUUCAUAUGACAAAACACUGCUGGACUACCAUCUUGCUAUUGGGAACCCUUUUGCAACAACACUUAUUAGUUUCGGGAUUCUUGAUGAAAAUAAUCGCUACUUUUAUCCUCCAGAUUCAAAGCCAUUCGAAAAGAUUUGGUUUUACAAAGAUCAAGAAGCAAAAACCCAGGGGCCAUUCAGCACCAUCAUGAUGUUUAAUUGGACAAUCAAUGGCUUCUUCCCUCCAGACUUGGAAAUUGGGAUUGGAAAUACAGGAUUUUUUGUCCCAAUGAAUCUGUUUAACUCAUUGCCACCACUGCCAGAGCCUGUUAUUUAUUCACGAAAUUGGUCUCAGAAUCAGAACCGAGGCCACAACCGAGCGAAAACUUUGGAUGAGCCUGAAAAAGGAGACAAAAGAGCUGACAAUCGAAAUAAAAGAUACUCAAAUGCUGGAUAUAAACAAAAAGAUGAAGCUGCAACGGAAAAUCUGAAAAACUUGCUGGGCUUGAGUCGAGAAAAUAAUCCAAGGAAUGACGGAAGAGGCAAGAGGGGAAAGAAUUAA